AUGGAUGCAUUCACAAUUAGGUUGCGGGUUCAAGCAGAACGUUGUGGUUUCGAAGACAAAGUGGAUGAGAAUAUUAAAGAUCAAAUCAUACAAAACUGCCAAUCAGCAAUUCUACGCCGUGACUUGCUAAAGCGAGGUGAUGUUAGCCUCGAAGAAGUACUGAGUAUGGCCAAGAUCUUCGAAACUGUGGCUCAAAAAGAAAAGUCGUUUACAAAUGAAGCUACAAUUAAACCACACGUCAGCGAUGUCAAUGAAGUCAAUGUUGUACCUCAUUUUGGCAAGAGGGCUCGUUUUUCUGAAUCAAGACAGUCUGGAUGCUAUCGCUGUGGCUACAUGGGUCAUCUGGCUAAAGAUGACAAGUGUCCAGCAAAAGGGAAAGCGUGCAACAAAUGCGGUGGUAGAAACCACUUUGCAAUAAAGUGCCGUAGCAAGCAACUGAAUAGAGUGGAUAGAUUCCGACGUCCAGAAAACUGGAGAACUUCCAAGACAGAUGGCAAGGAUGGUGACUCACAUAUCGUGAAGCAUGUAGAUGAUAGUUCAAUUGGCAACAAAACAGAGUAUAUUUUUCAUGUAUCUCCCUGUGAUGAAGACAACGAACUACAGUGUGAGAUCGGUGGCGUUUCUGUCAUCGUAUCAAACCAACGGCGUGAAAUAUCCAAGGUAUUCAAGGCCUAUGGGGGACAACCACUUUUAUUGGUUGGCGCAUUUAGUGCAACGCUCAAGUUAGGUAAUGUGAGCGACGAGACCAAUUUCUAUGUGAUAAAAGGGAACGGUAAAAUUUUGAUAGGUCGUGACACUGCAACGUACAUGGGAGUGUUAAGAAUAAGCGUUCCUGUGAAUGAAAUUGAAGCCAACGGAUCCUGUAAACUUGGAACAAUCAAAGAUAUUGUCGUGGACAUCCCUAUCAGAACCGACAUUGUACCGGUUGCUCAACCAUACCGGCGUAUACCGGUGGCACUAGAAAAACUGGUUGAUAGAAAAAUCGAUGAUUUACUUAGCAAAGGCAUUAUUGAGCCAGUUAACGAACCAGCCAAAUGGAUAUCUCCAGUAGUUGUUGUACCCAAAGGCGAUGGUAGUGACGUGCGUAUAUGCGUGGAUAUGCGACGGGCGAACGAGGCGGUCGAGAGAGAAAAUCACCCACUACCAACUUUUGAAGAUUUUCUACCGCAUCUAGCAAAAGCAAAGGUUUUCUCUCGAUUGGAUAUAGAAAGUGCUUUUCAUCAGGUAGAAAUUUCACAGAAGUCCCGAGAGAUCACUACUUUCAUCACAAGAAGAGGAUUGUUUCGAUAUACUCGAUUGAUGUUCGGUAUAAACUGCGCACCUGAAUUGUUCCAGAAAACGAUGGAACAGGUUCUGAGUUGA